AUGUAAAAUCAAUAUGGAUGGAACUUGCUUCAUAACCCUAUUAAAUUUUAGAUUUUAUAAAACACAACUUAACUUUGUUUAGCUGAUUUACCUCCAUAAACUAGAAAAGCAAAGCUACAUAUUUAUCUAUAAUCUGGAAAUUGUUAAACAGAUUCGCAAAGUACUUGGACUUUUUCUACAAAAGUUGAUAUUAUCAAAAUUAAAAUGAUUCCUUAUGGUCAAAAUGCUAUAUCUUUGUAUAGUGAAAAUUGUUCAAUUAGACUUGAUGAAACAAAAAUUAUUCAAAUAAGUAGAACUGGCAAUUUUCCUUCUUCAAAUUUUUCACUUGAAGCAGAGGUUUUAGCAUAUAAAUGA